AUCCAAUCAACCUUGUGCGAAACAAUCCCAAAUAGGAUUCGAUAUAUUUCUCAGAACAUGCGGAAAAAACAAAAUGGCAGCCGAAAAGCAAGGAACAGAGGGACAAGGCAAAUGGAUGUAUCCUAAGCUUUACUUUAUUGGCGAUUCCAACACACAGCAAGGAUAUUCAUGUGGAGGUUUCCUGGGGAUGCUGGCUAAUGAAUAUAUUAGAAUUUGUGAUGUUGUAGCACGUGGUUUUAGUGGUUAUACAUCUGAUCAUUUAAAUUUAAUGAUUCCUGAACUCCUUCAGAAUGAUAAUCAGCCAAAAGGAACUAUCGAGACAGCCGUGAUACUUCUUGGAUCAAAUGACUCUGUUGAUGAAAAACUUGACAAUCGUCAUGUUCCUAUUAAAAAGUUUGAGCAAAAUAUACAGAAUAUUGUAAAGGCUCUGAAGGAGAAUAAUGUAAAAAACAUUGUUUUGAUGAGUCCACCACCUGUUGACGAUGUUGCAUGGGGGAAAUGGCUAUGGGAUAAAAAAAAUAAACCAUGUGCAAAUUUUAAUUCCAAUCUCCCAAAAUACGUGGAUGUAUGCAAAAGAGUAGCUGACAUGCACAACCUUACCUUUGUGGAUUUAUUUAAUGACAUGUUAACAAAUCAGAAAUGGAAAAGGAUGCAGCCUGAAAGGAAAGCUGAAAUAUUGAGGUAUCAGAAAAUAUCUAUAAAAAUAAUUCGAUGGCUUAAAAGGUUUGACUCACUGAUGGUAUGACAAUACUGGGAUCUAUUAAAGAUUAAAAUUGAAGAGGCGUCCAGGGCCUCAAUCUUGACAGUCCCACCAGUGAAUCAGAACUAGAGAUCAAGACUAUCACUGUAUAACAUAUGCACAUUUUACCAGGAAUUCCAUGAAAAAAAACAACACGCAUGAAUCUAUAUUGGAGAAUUUGCGCAUGCAAUUUUUUAAUUUUUAGUAUUCACUUAUUGAAUGGUUUAAAAGUGUUAAAUAUAUUAACACAUUGUUUUGUCGGUAGAAGUAACCUAUAGCAAAUAUAUACUGCAGGAAUUCAUGGCAAAGGGAGGGCUAUGUCGUACGAUGUUGUAUUCACUGCAAUCAUCUACUAUUUCGUUUCCCGUGUCAAUCCGCCCCUCAACAUGGCCGCAGAUUAUCUUUUCACAGCAGGUUAUAUUUUCUCGUAACGAUUGUGUUUCUUACUAAAAGACAUUCUUUUUUAAACUCCAAUUCCAUUUCAAUCUUUUGCUCCUUACAAUUCUUUUUUUCGUGGGCAUGAUGCAUGUGCAUUGAUGUUUUAAAACAGAUGAUCAUUCCAAUUUAUUUUAAAAAAAUUUAUAAUUUGUUAGGAUUUGUGCAUUUAAUGUUUACAAAAUCAAGAUUUUUAAUUUUAAAAAUGUUACCACAAGAUUUUUAGUUCCGUAAAUUCUCAGUGAUCUGCUGUUAUAAGACCAAAAAAUAACUUUUUGAGGAAAAUGAUGAUAAUAGGUAUAAUUUACAUAUAAAAAUUGAUUCUUUCCAGUAUACAAUUUCUGGCAACAAUAACUUACGCUGUUGAUUGUCAUAAUACUUAUUACAGCCAUUCAUUGGAAAGCCAUGCUAUUAAUAGUACACAUUAACUGUGGAAAUUUCCUAUUAAAAAGUUUAAAUUGGUGUUUUUUUUUUUCAAUUAUCUGCUGAAUAAUAAUUUUAUAAAAAGAUUAAAAAAUAAUUUUUUGAGGAAAACGUUUGUUUUUAAAAUCUGAUGUGGUGGAAAAGUAGGCCAGGGUUGAUUUUUUUUAUAUAAAGAGAAUAUUUUUUUAAAUAUAAUUUCCACCAACGUGAAAUGCAGCUAAUUCCAUACUGAAUGCAUGUUCUGAAAGAGCUGGCACAUUUAUAUUUAUUUUUGAAAAAAAGAGACAGUGUACGUCAUCUAUUCAAAGAUAUCUGAGUUAAGCAUAUAAAUAUAUUUCUGUAGCCUGAGCUAGAUUGAAUUUUGUUAAUUAUUUUGAGUAAGCUUAUUUUUUAAAGAAAGACAAAUAGUGCUGUGUGUUCACUUUAGUAGUAGGAAUACUUUUUGCCACUUGAAAUACAAUUGAACUGAAGAUAUUUUUUGUCUUGUAUGAAAGAAAUUUGGACAAUACUUUAAGGCAAGAACUUCUAUUGUUCUUUGCUCACGUGAUCAUUAUUGGGAAAUCUUUUCUUCUUUAAUGUUAGAUGUGGCCAUGCUGGCUUUAUGCAUAUUGGUUGAUUUUAAUUCGGGUUGCACUGAAAAAUUAUUAUAUAAAAAACUCAAUUUUAAUAUCUCAAAGAAAACUUAGUUAAAGGAGCACUCCAGUGAAAAAAAAAUAUUUAAAAAAAAAUGUUAUAUAAAACAUAGAAUCGGAUAAUUCUCUUCAUGAGAAAGACUUUACAAAGCUGCAGCCACACUUUUUUUAACAUUCUUUUCGUCAAAAAACUUAUCAUUUGCUUCAUUAAAAAAUCUUUUAUACUUUACAAGCCAAUUUUUUUUUUUUUACAGUUCAGCAAUAUUUUUUCUCUGCACGCGCUUUUUUUGCGCACAAAUGUAAACAAAUUUUAUGUAACGUUGAAAUUUUCUCUGUGAUGGAGUACCAUUGAAAUGCGUGAUAUAAAAUCAAAUAUGUUCGGGUCUAGAUAAGUUGGUAAAACGGGGUAUUAUUAUUGUAUAAAUAAAAAUCAAUCUUAUGAUUAUGGUAGGUCAUAAAUGUGUUGCAGAAGCUACUGACUUACAAGUGGUUGUUUUGACAAAGCUGUUUUAGAAACUGCAUUAUCAGCAUUACAUGCAGCCGUUAUAAAGUUACAAAGAUUGAAGAAAAUGGAUACAUUUACCUCCUGAAAAUACUUGGCAUGUCCUUCCAUCAAAAAAGCUUCUUUUUUGAAAAACAAAGAAUAGAAACUUGAGCGCUACGAAAGAUACAUGUGUAACUAGAAAGCUUUUUUGUCGGUGUUUGUAUUGGAAAUUCGUAUAAUGUUCUCUUAUUUAAUAUAAAAAUGUACAAAACGUUAUUUGGUUGAGUUCUGUGGAUAUAAGUACAAAUAUUGAGAUAAGAAGAAAUGAGAAACUUUAAUCGCGUUCACUAGCUAAAAUGGCAUUUUUACAAAGUGGCAGAGUAUCUUAAUAUGGAAGUUUAUUUCCUGCAGAUAUCUUUUAAAAGAACUAUCUGUGAAGUGCGCCAACCAAAUAUAAAAACUUUGAUCGCUUGGUAGAUCACCUACACAACGUAUUUUGUUUAGCUGUUUUUGAGUUCUUUCUUUUUCACAGACGGGAUUCUGUGAAAACUUACUUCUUUACACUUCUCUGAUCGAUCGGUAUAUAGAAACACAGAGCAACUAACCAUUUUUUAAAGAUUUAAACGUAAUUUACAUACAAAAAGCGAUUUAAUGUAAGCUGUAUUUAUAGGUCUUAACAUGCGCUCGCUUAAACUUUCUGCACGAUGUGAUGUCAUUAUUUAUAAGUGGGUCCGGUCCGAAAUAAAAUCGCGCCUGUCUGUUUUUUAUGAGAAAAAAAUUGAAUAUGCGAAGGCUUGUACAACAAUUUUAAAUAAGAAAAACAAGUAAAGUAAGUUUUUUUUUGAUUUCUUAUGCUUUUCUGAGUACGUAUAAAACAAACAAAAAAAAGAAAAGUGAUUUUUACUGGAGUUUCCCUUUAACUAGGCUAGACAUGUUUGAAAUCUGUACAAUACUUGUUAAACUGAGACAGUGUAGAGAUACUGCUAACUUGGUACCAUAAUUAUUCAAAUAAGUAGUCAAAUUUUUAUUCAGUAUAUUGACUUUCAGGAGGGACAUGUUAUAUGUACAGGUAAUAUUGCCAGUUGAAAUACCCCUAAGUUGAAGUAUAUCCCUCUCUUCAGUCAGCUAAUUUCCUACCUCAAGGCUUUAUUGCGACUUAUGCUGAAAAAUUGAAUAAGCAAUUUCUGAAACUUUUACAUCCUGUUUUAAUUUAUAACAAUCGUGGAGUGGUAGAAUUAGUUUUACAGUGUAAUGAUUUUAAAAACUAGAUAAAUUUCUGUUGUUUUAAUUUAAUGAUGAUGCGCAAUGUUUUUUGUUCACAACUCUUCUCAGGAUUUUUCUGUUCUAAUUUAUACUUUGCUUUUUAUGUUAAUCAAUUUGGUGGUAAUUUUUGCUUCUUUACUGUUUUUUUUGUUUUUUUUGUAUUUCUAAUGCAGGUAAAACCAAAAAAAACUUUGAUGAAAAUGAUUCUUGGAAGAGUGGGACAAGGAAGUUUUCUGGUAACAAAAUUAGUUUUGUGUAAAUACUGAUACUAUGUGUGACCUUUUGUAUUUCUGUGUUAUGUUAUUUAAAAAAUAUUUCCAUUGUUGUAAAACCAUGAAAGUUAUUGGUUCGAAUCCAAUCCAUCUUUAAAAGGUGGUAGUUCAAAUGGAAGAACAACAUGGUGUGUAAUUAGUUUCAUACUGCAACAAACAAUAAUGCAAAUCAAUUCAAAAAAUUUUACAAACAAAUGUUUCAAAAAAAGAGGUAACUAUAAGAAAAGAAAUGAAAGAAGUAAAUUUUUUAAUUUACUCGGGAUAUACGUUCAGUUAUUCAGGUUUUGCUGAGCUAUAACUACAAUCAUGUUCAUAAAUUAUUGGAAAAACGGCUUUUGAGGCUUUUUUCAGAGUUUCCCCCCUCUCCCCCAACAGUCAGUGUUGAUUUUGUGUUGAUUUGUGCCCCAAAAUACUGCCGGCGACUCUGGAAAAGACCUCCAACCAACACUGAAGAGUGGGGGGAGGGGGAAAGUGGUUUUUCCAAAACUAUUAUGAACAUGAUUGUAGUUGCCAUGUGAAAUUCAAAUCCAAUAAGUAAAAUUUAGUUAAAAAAUAAUUUUUUGAGGAAACUAAUUUAUCACACCGCAGUUUGUAACAUGUAAUUGGUAAUAAUGUAAUUGUUUCAAGAAGCUUGAAAGGUGGAUAUAUUUUGGAUAAGGUAGAAGAUUGGAUUAAUGAAUUAAAGAUGCUGAGUAAAAUUGCUAAAACAGAGUCGCAAGGGACAUAAAGUUGUUUUAUCAGUGGCUGGCUACAAGCAUAAAUUAACAUACUGUAUGCGAACAUACCACACAUAUAUAAUUAUUGGAAGAAGUACUCGUAGUUAUUAAUUCGAAUUAAUACCAGCACUGACGGGAGGUAUUAAAGUAAACAAUAACGAGAGACAACUGCUGUCACUCCCGGUUAAACUUGGUCGUCUUACGAAUAUUCUAAAACUUAUCACAAAUAACUGAAUAUCUUGGUAAACAAAUAAAAAAACAGACUCGACAAUAUGAAGAAGAUCCAGAACUGAAACAAAAGAAAAAACAA